AUGGCUCACGCCAUGGCGUCGCCAGUCACAGCGUCCAUCUCCACUGCCAGGCUAGCGCAGCCAACAGCGUCGCUAUCGGCGUCGCCCUCGUGGCAGCAACCCUUCGUGGGCCUUCAGUCGCAAUCGUCCUCCGUGGCGUCGUUGCGUGGCGGUGCGCGUUCUCUUUCCGACCGCCUCUUCCACACUGUCGCCGCCGCCACCUCCGCCGCUCGUCCCGCUGGCGCGGGGCGGCGAGCGCGCGUGGUGAUGAUGCCGAUCGGCACGCCCAAGGUGCCGUACCGCACGCCCGGCGAGGGCGGGUGGCAGUGGGUCGACAUCUGGAACGUUCUGUACCGCGAGCGGAUCAUAUUCAUAGGGCAGUUCAUGGACGAGGAGUACACGAACCAGGUGCUCGCCACCAUGCUGUACCUCGACAGCCUCGACUCCAACAAGCCCAUGUACAUGUACAUCAACAGCCCCGGUGGCGAGUUGACGCCCACGCUGGCCCUGUACGACACGAUUCGCUCCAUCAAGUCCCCGGUGGGCACGCUCGCUCUCGGCUACGCCUACAACAACGCCGGCUUCCUCCUCGCUGCCGGCACCAAGGGUCUGCGUGUGGCCAUGCCCAUGACCCGAGUGGCUCUGCAAUCGCCUGCAGGAGCUGCCCGCGGCCAGGCGGAUGACAUUCAGAACGAGGCGAGGGAGCUGUCCCGGGUUCGCACGUACGUGUUUGGGGAGCUCGCUAAAAUGUCAGGCCAGCCUGUGGAGAAGGUGACCAAGGACCUGUCACGGAUAAAGCGGUUCAGUGCGCAGGAGGCGCUGGACUACGGCCUCAUUGACCGCAUUGUCAGGCCGCGCCGAGUCAAAGCUGACGCAGCCUCCCGCCAGCCCAUCGGCGCCGGCCUAGGCUGA